GUUUGCGGGUGCUGUGGGGCUCUGAGACCCCGUUAUAAGAGGCUGGUGGAUAACAUCUUUCCAGAAGACCCUGAGGAUGGUCUGGUGAAGGCAAACAUGGAGAAACUUACUUUUUAUGCCUUGUCUGCUCCCGAGAAACUAGAUCGUAUCGGUGCCUACCUGUCAGAGAGACUGUCCAGAGAUGUGGCUCGCCACAGAUAUGGGUAUGUUUGUAUGGCUAUGGAGGCCUUGGACCAGCUUCUGAUGGCCUGUCACUGUCAGAGUAUAAAUCUUUUUGUGGAGAGCUUCCUCACUAUGGUGCGCAAGCUACUGGAGGCAGACAAACCCAAUUUACAGAUCCUGGGCACUAACUCGUUUGUGAAGUUUGCAAACAUCGAGGAGGACACACCAUCAUACCAUCGUAGCUACGAUUUCUUUGUCUCGCGCUUUAGUGAAAUGUGCCACUCAGGUUACGAAGAUCCAGACAUCCGCACAAAGAUUCGCAUGGCAGGUAUCAGAGGCCUGCAAGGGGUGGUGAGAAAAACUGUUAAUGAUGAGCUCCAAGCAAAUAUUUGGGACCCCCAGCACAUGGACAAAAUUGUGCCAUCUCUCUUAUUCAACCUACAACAGGAAGAAGGCAUAGAAAGAUCUCCCUCCCCAGAAACCGAGAAGGAAAGUCCAGUGGAGCUGACGGAGAGGUGCUUUCGAGAGUUGCUGGGGCGAGCUGUAUAUGGCAAUAUAAAGAAUGCGGUGAAACCCGUGCUUAUGCACCUCGAUAAUCAUUCACUAUGGGAGGGAAAGCAAUUUGCAGUGCGCUGUUUCAAAAUCAUUAUGUAUUCCAUUCAGUCUCAGCAUUCACAUUUGGUGAUUCAGCAGCUAUUGGGCCACUUGGAUGCCAACAGUAAAAACUCAGCCAGAGUGCGUGCUGGGAUAGUGGAGGUGAUCGCCGAGGCGGCUGUAAUAGAGGCCAGUGGCUCCAUAGGACCUACAGUACUGGAAGUGUUUAAUACUCUACUGAAGCAGCUCAGACUCAGCGUUGAUUACGAGCUCACUGGGUCCUAUGAUUCUUUUGGAAACAUGGGGUCCAAGGUUAUUAAAAUACACGAGGAAAGACAACUGCAAGAAGCCGUCAUUAAAACUAUUGGCUCAUUUGCCAACACGCUGCCCACCUACCAGCGUUCUGAAGUCAUGUUGUUCAUUAUUGGUAAAAUUCCUGUGCCAGGCAUGUAUCCUGCUCUGGGGUCACCCAACACAGGGAUUGAAGGGAGCAGAAUGAUACAGAUUAUGCUGCUAAAAUCUCUGCUGCAGGUAACAGCAGGGUUCAAGUCUACAAAUAUUUUGACAGCUCUGCCAACGUCCUUCUUGGAUCCGCUGCUGUCCUUUACUCUGAUGGAGGAUGCGGAGAUCCGUCUGCUCGUUCUUGAUAUCCUCAUCAGCAUCAUCGAUCGCCAUGACAACCGCCAGAAAUUCUCCCCUGUCAGGAUUAUAUCAGAUAUCUCCGUACUGAAGCUAAAAGUAGACAAAUGCUCUAGACAGGAUAACCUGUUCAUGAAGAAACACAGUCAGAGGCUUUACCGCCACAUUUACCUGGCCUGCAAAGAGGAGAGCAGCAGCCAGCGGCACUUUGAGUCUCAGUAUACGCUGCUGGGCUUGAUGUGUGUGGAGCUGGCCAAUGAGGAGGUGGUGGGGGAUCUCAUUCGACUGGCUUUGGCCUUACAGGAUCUGGCCUUGUGUGAUGAAGCACUUCCUGUGUAUAACCGCUGUGCCAUCCAUGCUCUGUCAGCAGCAUACCUGAACCUCAUCAGCCAGCUGACAACUGUGCCCACCUUCUGUCAGCACGUCCAUGAGGUGAUUGAAUCCAGAAAGAAAGAACAUUCUUUCCUGCUACCAGAGGAUGUGCUCACUGAAACCUCAAACAUUCCAGAGAAGCUGGAGAAGGUGGAGGGUGAGGUGCUGUUUGUGCAGGCUAAGAUAGCAGAGAUGCUGGGCGGCUCUGGAUAUAACACGGAGAGACUGGCCACCCCAUACAUCCCUCAGAUCACAGAUGAAGACAGGUUGUCUAAGAGGAAGAGCAUUGGAGACACAGUCUCUUUGCAGUUAGAGAUGGAGUCUAGACAGAGUCCAGAAAAAGAGCAGAGAUCGACAGCAGAGCAGAUAACAUUUGAAACCCUUAAACAAGCCAUUGUAGACAGUGUGAAUGUGGAGGAGCUGGAGAGAGAGCGCAGGAGGCAGGUGGUGGAGAGGUUUCAAAAUGCUCCGUUUGAGGAGAUCGCCGCUCACUGUGGUGCCAGGGCUUCCCUGCUGCAAAGUAAACUCAACCAAAUCUUUGAAAUCACAAUCAGGCCUCCUCCGAGUCCAUCUGGCUCUGUCGGGAACGGACACGGCCGGACACGCUCCAUACCCGUCUAUGAAAUGAAGUUUCCAGACCUGUGUGUGUACUGACAGAGCCCCGAACUACACACAUCUCGCUAAUACCAAUCCUUCAUAAUGUCCAGGUGCUCAACCAGAUGUAAACUUCAGAAACAUGUCCUCUAUAUUAAUCUCUGACUGUAGUCAGGUGGUGUUAAAAAACAAAUACAAAAUAUACUCUAUGUUGGAUCAAUAUGCACUAGAGAUCUAAAACUAAACGUGACAAAAACUUAGUCUACAUGCAAAAGGAUUGAAUGUACGGUAUCUGUAUACUAUCAAGCUGUUGUCUGAUAGCACAUAGCUGAAUGAAGUUUUCUUAUUCAUAUGUCCGCCAGGUUACUGUGUACUAUAAGUGUGUGGUCUCGGUCAGGAUUCUUGUAAAAAUUAAGUGAAGCUGCCUUAAAUUUUGUAUUUUAAGUUGAGGUCCUUGUCUUAAGAAAUGGUGUUUUCAGAUGUGUCCAUUAUUUGAAUGAUGAAAGUGAAAGUGAUGAAAGUUAAUGACGUGUAAGGCCAAUUUAUUUACAUUUGUUUGCAUGUUUCCAAUGUAUUUACAUGCUGCAAUAACAUUUGUAUUUAAAGCAAUAAUUAAUGACUUUAGAAAGGAAACAUUAUGAGGGAUGAAACGUAAACAAUGUGGGGGAAAAAGCAGUCUGAAUUGAUGACCUUGUGUAUUCACAAGUACAUUAGUAAGUCCCACAGUCACAGCAAUACACUACAUCUUCCUAAAAUUUGUGUGCAUCGAAACCUGACUGAAUUUAAGUGAAUGUUGAGUUUUAUUUGGUUAAUAUAUGAACCGUUUUCCUUUCUAAACUGAUAUGUCUUAUACAGUAUUUUCCUACUUUCAGGGUCGCGGGGCCAUUGUUGUUUCAUUUUUGUUGCUUUUGUUUCCUUUUUUCUCUAUAAAUCAUGUCAGGUUUUUGUUCUCUGGAUAUGAGUUUGUAUGUCCAUGUAAUCUUAGUGCGGUAAUGUGGUAAACAGUUUUGGCUUGCUGUCCGCUAUACACUAAGCGAGCUCAAAUCCCCCCAUUGGAGUACUACUGAUGAUUUUAAGCAAAAAAAAAAUAUAUAUAUACUGUAUAUAGGGGGAGAAAGAGAGGAGUUGGGAUGCCGAAAGAGCCGACCUUGGGAAGAAGAGGCUGCUUUUAUAUCCUGGUUAUUAUUUAGAUUAAAUGGGCGCACUUUUAAUAUAUCGCAGCACUUUAAAGCUCACUGUGUAAAUGUGACAUAUGCUAAAAAAAAUGCGAUACAUGUUGUGUGAAAUUUAAUCUUGGCAUGUGUGUAAAGAAUGUGUUAAUUUAUGUUCUAUGUUUAUAUCUUUAUCGUUUGAUGCCGUUAUGUUUUAUCUUGUAUUUUCUCAUUUCUCAUGCCUUCCUCUUGCAGUGAAUUGAUUCGUUGGCUUUAAACUCAAAGCAAAAAGUAAACAUUUGCUUUUUCGGUUUAUGUGGGUAUGAUGGAAUAUUCAAGACUUGAGAGGUUGUUGAAGUUGUUCUGCAUGUAUGAAAUCAAAUCUAAAAGUUUAGUAUUUCCUCUUAGAAACUGUGUCAGUUGCUGCAUGCACUGGUUGUUUUGUCUGUGCUUUUACCAUUUUUCAUUACAUUUGUAGUAAUGAAAUUAAAUGAGUCAUUUCAUUCUCUAUCACUGUUGAGAGCAUUACAUCACUGUGGAUUGUAAUUCAUGUCAAUUGAGUAACGGUUAUGUGUUUGGGUACUGUCAUUGCAAACUGAUAUAACUUCAGAACUGUGUUCUGUAAAUGUUUGCAUAAAAUAACUUAUUCUUAAGUGAUGUACAUAUGUGGUGUGACAAGAUUAAGUCAA